AUGCAGUAUAAUAUUGACCACAAUCACUAUUUGCUAAAAUGUCCAGCUAUGCCAGGUAAAAAAUCAUAUAAAAUUCUUCGUGAUGGCCCGGUUUCCAUCUGGCAUUAUAUUGACGUGGAGAAAGAAGCUGAUCAAUUUGCAUUUCAAAUAAUUAAUGAAGUAAUUCCUAUGCUUUGCUUAUCAGUUAAUCACCAAACAUCAGUGAUCGCGCAAUCAAGUGUACCGAUAUUUAUCCCACGCAAUAUUAGUGUUAUUGUUGAUGGUAAAAACGUGACCUUACACGUGGGUCAAGGCUGCAAAAUCAAGUCUUCUGAUAGAAGUAAGAAGAAGUCGAAGGAUAGUAUCCUAGAGCAGCAAUUUGAAGUUCCUAAAUCAUCUAUUAUAGUUAUUCAUUGCGCUGAUGUGCAAAGACGAUUUCAAGACCACAUACAGGUAAUCAUCGAGUUCCCAAGUGAGCAGAAUGAUUAG